CUACCACCGGUGUGGGAAAACUUGAGAAAAGCCAUCUUCUAAUUCUGUAGCUACUCUUGCAAAGUGGAUUUUUUUUCCAAGGCUAAAGCCAAACGAUUUCGAAUGGCUCAGAACAGGGCUUCAAUUGGACCACUCUCGACUGACAAUUGCAGAAUGAUGGCAAACGUCAAAUGGAUCCCGAGUCCUCUGCGAAAAGGCCCUACACGGCGUAACCUGUUCGGCCCAGUUGACAAGGUGCAGCUGCGGGCAGAUUACCAGGCCGCCCUGAGGAAAGACCUGGACGAGGCAUCCCGGCGCUGGGGUUUCGACUUCGUGUCUGACCAACCUCUGGUUAACGGCGAUUUCCAGUGGGAGGGCGUUCCCGGCGCUAAGGUGCCGCUGCUCUACAGAUCCUGUGUGCUGGGCAAUGCAACGAGUCAAAGGCCAACCCAGGUGACGGUUAGCCCCAAGAGGGUCAGGGCGCCGCCGCUAAAGAACGAGAACGAGAAGGAGAAUGUCCCUGAAAACGACUCUGAGAGAUGUCCUGUCAAUCUGGAGAAAACUCCAAGGAAGAAGGAGAAUGCAGGACUCAAGAGGAAACAAACUAAUAUUACAGACUUCUAUCACCCCAAGAGAAGAGUCGUUGAUAUGCGUCUUAAAUCGGGCGAGUGAUCUCCCAGACACUAUUCCCCCCCCUCCCCCAAUCUGGGCAGUGUUCCUGGAGGAUUGCCAGUAUUCCAACCGAUCCUCACAAAAACACUCAGGAAUGCCAAUUUGGGCACAGACUGCACAUUCGCUCGUAGGGAGACAACAUAAGGGACCUCAGCCGUUGUGUCUUUAAGGUUAAUUUGGGGGGGCUGUAUUCAUUGAAAACAUUGGGUGCGGGGUGUUAAUGUAUUGAACUGCAGAGAUUACGAUUAAUCUCGGUACUGGUGGAUUGAUACUCAUUUGGAUCAAGUGGAUGUCAGGAAUAAGUCAGUGUCGACUGACUUAUUCCUUGAAGGCAGUUUUUACGUCACUGCAACACGGAAUCAGAGAAAUGUAGGAUGACCAUUACUUGAAACACAAGAUACCAUCAAGCUUCGCACCAAUCUGCCUCGACCAAAUCAACUAAUGACUAGGAUAAAACGUCCUUUGGUUCCUCUUUGCUGGAAAUCACAUACAUGUACUUUUUUUUCUACUUUGUUGUUGUUCGUCAUGAUGAUCUUUAUUGUUCUGUUUUUGUUUUGUUGUUUUCCACCCCGAAAUGCACUUAACUGUGUGUUGUACUUUAUAUAUCCUGUCAAACGAUGCAGAACACAUGCUUGAAGCGUACUUAUGGGCUCUAUCCACAUUUGCUUUGCUUAGACUAGAUGUGACACAAGCGUCCUGAUGUUAUUCCAUCUUGUGUUUAUAGAUGUAAAGCGGCCUAGCCCCCAAUGUGUACCAGAUAAUGUAGUGUGGUACACAGUAAGAAAUGAUAACUGAUUUUUUAAAAAUUCUGCAAUCUAUUCGACUAGCUCUGUAAAGUAGCGUCAUUGUAAACCCAUUGCGGUAUUGCACAUGCACCUCGUGUACUGGACCCAUCCACUAUUGAGUGUCUUCUUCUUGGGAUGUCCCUUGCUUGUCAACAAUCACAAGAAAGUUCUCAACCUAAGUCGGCGUAUUAUUUACUAAGAUUGCGUGAAGUGCCAAACCUCUCCCAUUGCUCUAAUGCAUUCAAUUCAUGACACUAAUGGUUGUUCUCCGCCUUGAAAAAAAACAAAUGGUAUGUCUUCAUCGCUCUUCUAUUUAUGUCCGUGUUAUAUUGGUGGUUCUGCUGCUAGGGCUAAUUUGAAUGGGGGGGGGGGGCGGAUGUCACGUUAAUGCUCACAAACUGACAACUUGGAGAUUAUGAUGACGAUGAGCCCAAAUGUCGACUGCACUUCCUGUUUAUUGACGCUCAUGCGCAGGUCCGUCUAUACUGUUUUAUGUGUAAAGCUAUAAAUGAAAAAAAAUCUAUCCCUUUAUUUAUUGUACUGCACCUUGUGUUAAUUUACUUUGUUCAAGAAUUACAAAAGAUAAUAAAAUGUCAGAAUUAAA